AGAAAAGCUUCCAUUGUGAGCUUAGUGUCGACGCGGAGACGGUCGCCAUCAACCACGAGAGUCAUUGUGAUUUUUUAAUUGUGUUUUGUGUUCUCCUGGAGACCGUGAGAGAGUGACAAUUGUUUUUUGCAAAGACUUCUUCUCCAGCACCAUCAUCUACAACGCCACAAUGCUCGACCAGGAGCUCUUAACCAAGGGAGGACUAUCCGAUGGCCAGCAACAGCCGCCGCCGCCUCACCUCACCAAUCCGUACUCACAGUUUCAACAAUACCAACAGAGCAUGGCCGGCUACAACAACGUCGGCUACGGAUUCCCCAUGUACACCCAGAACGGCUACGGCUACCCGCUCUCGGGCUACCCACACGCCCCUAGCCCACCCUCAGACGUGACCGAGAAGACCGAAGGAGGGGAAGUGAGGGUAACAGCCAAGGGGAAGAAGAUCCGGAAGCCUCGCACCAUCUACUCCUCGUUACAACUGCAGCAAUUGAAUAAAAUGUUCCAGAGGACGCAGUAUCUUGCUUUGCCGGAGCGCGCGGAGUUGGCGGCCAAGUUGGGUCUCACGCAAACACAGGUGAAGAUCUGGUUCCAGAACCGCCGCUCCAAGUACAAGAAGCUGUACAAGGCCGCCCAGAACGGUCAGCUGCCGGGCGUGGACGCCGCUGACAUCGCCGCUGACCUCGGCGCCAACCUCGCCCAGAUGGUCAGCGGCCCCGAGUCCCCCAGCUCCCCGGCGCCCACCGAGCACGCCCACGAGCACCCGCCCUCGUCCGUGGGCGGCGGCGACGGCAACGGCCCCCUCUCCCCCCCGCCCGAGCACCAGGAGCGCCCGCAGUCGCAGACGCCCACCGUGUCCAGCCACGGCGCCGACAUGAGCACGCCCAUGAUGUCGGGCGCCCAGAGGGAGAUGAUGGUGUCGCCGCCCGUGGCCACGCCCAAGGACAUGGCGCCCAUGAACGCCGCCGCCGCCAUGGUGGCGUGCGAGCAGCAGCGGCGCGAGCAGCCGCCCAUGAUGCACCCGCACCACCAGUGGGACCCCGCCCACUACAUGUCCUACUGGAACCACUACGGCGACAUGGCCGCCCACCAGAUGAACCACCAGAUCAUGACCUAAGCGGCGGCCAGGCGCUUGUUGCUUGUUGACC